AUGACCCAAACCAGCACGAUCCAUUCUACCAAUUCAUCACCUCCUUCAUUGUCGUCGUCAAUGGCGCCAACGAAUAUAUUUAUUAUUAUUCUCCUUGUUUUCUUUCUAUUCGUUUCAUUCAUCACCGACCCAGCCGCAGGCGACUCGUCCGUCUUCAAGCCGCAUGACAGCAUCUUGAUUAGCUGCGGCUCCGACAAGCCAACCACCCAUUCCGACGGCCGGAGCUUCCUGUCCGAUGAAGAGUCCCUCAAGUACUUCUCGUCGGACGGCCGAGACAUUCUUGUCAGCUUGCCAUCGGCCGAGAACGUGCCCUCGCCGAUUUAUCUCUCGGCUAGGAUUUUUAUCGAGGAAGCCAUCUACACCUUCCGGCUCGCUGACUCCGGUUGGCACUGGAUCCGGCUCCAUUUCUUUCCGUUGUCGAAUCCACAGUUCAAUCUCCAGAACGCCAAGUUUUCGGUGAGCACCGAUUCCCUAGUGCUUCUCCACGAGUUCACCAUCGGCAACAACACCGGCUGCUUCUUUAAGGAGUACCUCGUGAACAUGAAGACCGAGCGCUUAUCAAUCAAGUUCAAGCCGGUAACCGGCGCCCCGGCGUUCAUCAACGCGUUGGAAGUCGUUUCUGCGCCGGACAUCCUCAUCAAUGACAACUCCACUACUCUCUCCGAUCAUAAACCGUUCACUGGCUUGCCUACCCAGUCCUUCCAAACCGUCUACCGGCUCAACGUCGGCGGCCCGGAGCUCAGCUCCAAGAACGACUCGCUGAGUCGGACCUGGAUGUCCGACAGCCGUUUCCUAAAACAUAAAGAACUAGCCAAGAGUGUGACGGUCAAUCCUUUUGUCAUCAAAUACCCCCCGGGCAACUCCCGGUUCAUCGCCCCGCAAACGGUUUAUGCGUCGGCGGUAUCAAUGGUCGAUGCCGGCGUCCGAGAUCCUAACUUCAAUAUCACGUGGAAUAUGGACGUUGAUCCGUCGUUCCAAUACAUGCUCCGCAUGCAUUUUUGCGAUAUAAUCAGCGAAGUCCUUGACGAUCUCUACUUCAACGUCUACAUCAACGGCAUCACAGCCAGUUCUGGCAUGGAUUUAUCCAGCAUGGUUGAGGAUUUGACGACAGCUUACUUCAUCGAUUUUGUGGUUGAUUCUGAUGUCGUAUCUUCCCAGCUUACAGUAGAGAUCGGGGCAUAUAAACUUACCACCAGCGCAAAGAAUGCCAUUCUGAACGGUUUAGAAGUUUUCAAGAUGAACAAUUCGGUAGGCAGUUUGGACGGGGAGUUCGGGGUAAAUGGAAACACGGCUGGGAGUAUCAACAAAGCAGUGGUGGCGGCGGUGGGAUUCGCGAUGAUGUUCGGAGCGUUCAUCGGAUUGGGGGCCAUGGUUUUUAGAUGGCGACGGAGGCCGCAAGAUUGGCGCAAGAGGAACAGUUUUUCUUCCUGGUUGUUGCCUCUUCACGUGGGAGAUGCAAGUUUCCUGAGUAGCAAGAAUUCGUUGGGCUCUAGAAAGGGGCAAUUCUACUCGUCGACAAUGGGGUUAGGUCGGAGAUUCUCCUUUGCAGAGCUUAGCGAGGCCACCAAGAACUGGGAUUCCAAUGAGGUGAUCGGCAUCGGAGGGUUUGGAAACGUCUAUCUUGGAUUGAUCGACGACGACAAGAGAGUGGCGGUCAAGCGAGGAAAUCCACAAUCGGAGCAAGGCAUUAAUGAGUUCCAGACCGAGAUUCAGAUGCUGUCGAAGCUUCGGCACCGACAUUUAGUGUCACUUAUAGGGUACUGCGACGAGAACUCGGAAAUGAUUCUGGUUUACGAGUUCAUGUCCAAUGGGCCUCUCAGAGACCAUCUUUACGGCAAGAAUUUACCUCCAUUGUCAUGGAAACAAAGGCUAGAAAUCUCGAUCGGCGCUGCCCGAGGGCUACAUUAUCUCCACACAGGAACAUCGCAGGGCAUCAUACACCGCGACGUUAAGACGACCAACAUCUUGCUGGACGACAAUUUUGUGGCGAAAAUGGCAGAUUUCGGGCUGUCGAAAGCAGCUUCGACAACAGAACAAACUCACGUGAGCACCGCCGUGAAGGGAAGCUUUGGGUACCUGGAUCCAGAAUACUACCGAAAGCAACAGCUAACGGAGAAAUCCGAUGUUUAUUCCUUUGGGGUGGUGUUGUUUGAGGUUCUGUGCGCAAGGCCGGCCAUCAACCCCUCAUUGCCCAGGGAGCAGGUGAACUUGGCGGAGUGGGCGAUGCAGUGGAAGCGGAAGGGGCUGCUGGAGAAGAUCGUGGACCCGCACCUCGCCGGCUCCAUCGACGCCGAGUCCAUGAAGAAGUUUGCCGAGGCGGCUGAGAAGUGCCUGGCUGAGUACGGCGUCGACCGGCCGUCCAUGGGGGACGUGCUCUGGAACUUGGAGUACGCGCUGCAGCUUCAAGAGGCUUCCAUGCAAAGCAGGGCUGACGAUGCCAACGGUUCCUCCGCCUCUCUUCCUCCUCCUGCGCCGGCGCCCUCCACGCCAGAACUUCGGCCCAUUCCCCCUCCGAGCGGGAACCCGGGUGAAGUUCAGGUCAUCGGCGAGCAUUCGGGAACGGCCAUGUUUGCCCAAUUCGCAGCGCUCAAUGGGAGGUAAAAAAAAGAUCAACUAAAUUAAUUACCGGCAAAUUAAGAGCUUGGAAGUGAUUCUCAGAUCUGGCAUGGCGGCUUGAGAGAGAGAGAGAGAGAGAGAUGAGGUGAUAUCUACAGAUACAGUAGGCAGAAAUCAGUUGGGUUCUUGGCAUUUCAUCUACAAAAAUUCGAAACCAAUUAUACAGAGUUGUCAGUGUUCCUAGAUUGAUUAUUGAUAUUGAAUCUUGUUCUUCUUGUGUUGUAUUAAGAAGAGUACUCUGUACUUCCCGAUCUAUACAUAUAUAUAUACAUACAUAUAAUAUUUAUGUAUAUAUCUAACGUUGGGCUCCAAGGAUUGUAAUUCUUUUUUGGGUCUAAAAAAUUGAAAUUUCGAGUCGCUUCCAAUUCUCUUAAUCACAUCACAUCACAUUACUUGUGACGCCAUUUACAUGCCUAAAAAUGUUAUCUUUGCUUUUCUAUUUCAUUUCUGCCCACUUCUCUCAUGGGAUUUUUUC